AAACUUGGGCCUGGCCCAAGUAGACAAAUGGAAAUUAAAUCAUUAAGGGUGUAUUUGCGCAAAUUUUUUGCUGUACCCGGGUGCAGCUAAAGUUGGUUGUACCCCUAUCUAAAACUACGUCGUUUUUUGUUGUUUAAGAUGAACAUUAAUAUACUCAUAUGGAAAUGAACAUUUACUUUUUCGGAAAUGGACAUUUAUUUAUUUAUUUGGAAAUGAACAUUUAUUAUUUUGGAAAUGAACAUUUACUAUUUUGGAAAUGAACAUUUAUUUAUUUAUUUGAAAAUAAACAUUUAUCUACUCAUUCGAAUAUGAACGUUUAUCUAAUUAUUUGGUAAUUCUCAUUUAUUCAACCAAUUUAGAAAUGAACAUUUAUCUACUGAUUGUGAAACAAGUAUUUACUAAUUUUAAAAUUACAAACUUUUGUAUAAGGCGGUCUUUCCUGUGAGACCACCUUAUACUGGGUUCUGUUCGCGGGUCAAAUACAGCCCAAAUUCUCGCGGGUCGAAAAUAUUCGGAUCCUAUAAAAACAUUGGUUUCCUGAUCUAUUUCCUCAUUUUCAUUUUCGUUUCAUUUUCAAAUCACACUGUUCUCAUUUAAGAGAGAGAAAGUGACGGUUUUCUUCAUCUUUUCGCGCCGAUCGUUUUUCUUCCAAAUCACGCUUCACUUCUGGUCGUUUUUGGUUCAAUUCUGCUAUUUAUUCUUCCGAAAUUGGCUCAAGCUCCGUUAUUGUUCUUUGUCUCUUCGAUUUUGUAUCAAAAUGGCUAGAACAAAAAAUGCAGCGAAGACAUCUGAGGAUGAUCCUCAUAUUAAGAAUGCAGAUCCUGAUUUAGUGAAACAGACACAAGAAGUUGCUGCUGAUGUAGGGUAUGAGGCUGUUCCGUCCAGAAAAGGGACAAAGAAAACACAAAAAGUGAAGUUGGAGUAUGUAGAGCCUGAUGGUAAAACAAUUGAGUUGGAUAGGGAUUUUACACCCAUCUGUAGACCAGAAGCUCUCAUUAAUAUGCUAUCUAUCAUCAAGGAGAAAGACAAACAAGUCAAGGCCAUAACUGAAAUUGGAUUUGGUGGCCUGCUGUCUAUUCGUCUUCCUGAUAUUAACAAGAAGCUUAGUUGCUGGAUUCUUGAGAAAUUUAACAGUGUUGGUCAUAUGCUGCAGUUUGGGGAAGGCCGGAAAUAUGGUGUGCAGCUAUAUGAUUAUGAUGUGUAUGACGUGUUUAGGCUGCCCUUGGUGAAAGGUGUUGAUGUUGAAGAAACACCUAGGAAGAGGGUUGAGGGAGAUGGAACGUUUGAAAUGAUCCAGAGGUGGUUUAGAAAAUAUAACAAAAAAGACAAUGUGCAAUCUGCUGCUUUGUCUGAGGUGGAGAUUUAUCUUGCAAAUACUAACGAGUACGGAGAUGAAUUCAAGCGUGCGUUUGUGAUUUACGCUUUAGGUGUUUUCUUGGCUCCCACGUCUAACCGUUUGGUAGACAUUAAGCUUCUUAAGGCAGUAGAGGAUGUUUCAAAAAUUGCGAAACAAAAUUGGUGCAAGUACGUGCUUGACCAUUUGGGGUUGGCUGUAUGUAGGUGGAACGAAAAAAUUACUAAUACUAGAGUUGGCGGUUGUUUACAAUUUUUGGAGAUUAUAUAUCUUCAAAGAGCUUUAUUCCGUGGUGUAAGUCCGCCCAAGGAGAUUCCGCUUGUGCAACAUUGGUCUCCUGAUGAAGUAUCUGAACGUGUAGCUGCUGAGGUGAAAAUGGGUUUUGGGCUAGCUGCUGUUGAUUUAACGAGCUAUCCUUUGGCAAAGUCUCUUGGUGAUUUGUCGGGGAUACCUCAUUCUGCAUCGGGAAGUAAGAUGAUUGAGUUUGCUAUUCCUGAAGGUUUUCAGACAAAUGAUGAUAUUGAAAAGAGCUGCGAUGAUGAGUUGGAAGUAGCAUUGAAAAAGUAUUGCCGGGAUUUAUACAUUGUUUCCAAUUUUCAUCAGCAGCAUAUCAGUACGUUAAAGAAGGGAAGACAACAAUUGUCAGAUAGUCCUGGUUAUGGAGAUCCAGUAUUUUUGGAGAUUAUAGACUCCAUUGUUGCAUAUGCUGAAGAUCUGAAGAAAAAUAACAGUUGUGCUGCCGGUGCUGGUAAUGAUGCAUCUGAAAAGAAUGGUGUUGCUUCUGGACUUGCCGGUGCUGGUAAUGAUGCAGGUGAAAAGAAUGGUGUUGGUGUUGCUUCUGGUUCUGUCGGUGCUGGUAAUGAUGAGGCUGAAAAGAAUGGUGCUGCUUCUGGUGCUGCCGGUGUUGGUAGUGGUGCAGGUGAAAAGAACGCUCCUGCUUUUGGUUCUGUUGGUGAUGGUAGCGGUGCAGAUAAAAAGAAUGAUGCUGCUUCUGGUUCUGUUCCUUCAACGAGUGAUACAUCUGGUGGUCGUCAACCAGAAAAUGAUAAUCUUUGUUGCAGCAUAGCACUUGGUUCACCUGAUGAAGAAGUUUUCUUUGUAUCUGCAUUCAUGCUUAGGUACCCUAAGACUCUCUCCCAAGAGGCAAAGCUUGAAAAAGAGGUUCUGGACUUCUGUUUUCUUGAAGAUGAGUGUGUUGAUCCAAAGGCUGAACUUUUUGUUUAUGGUUUGGUUCAUAAGAUAACAAGAGAAGAGAUGCAAAGUUUGCUCCCUGAUAGGAAAAUCUUAUCCAAUAUUGUCGAGUCUUGGGCCAUUCUAUUAAAUAGAAAGCAAUUUGAGCUGAAUUAUCAAGGGUGUAACUUCUAUUUCGGAAUUGAGUAUACGAUCAAGCUAAAAGAUCUUGUUUCGAAUGAGAAGUCAAUGGACUCUGAACAACAAAUUUCUGAAGAGCUUUUAAGUAGUUGGAAACAUUGGGUGGAAGACAUCAAUGACCACCGAUGGGAUCUUAAAACUGUUUCCAUGUUUUACUUGCCUAUUCAUUAUGGGGAGCACUUUUCUCUUCUAAUUGUCAACUUCAACAGUAAAACUCUUGUAUAUGUUGACAACGUCAUUUCUACGAAGAAGGUGUUGUCUAUAUACAAGACAAUAAUGUCCUUUAUGAUUGAAGCGUUCUACAAUUACUUGAUGGAAAUUGAUCAUCCAUCAGCUUCCGAGCUUUUAGAUUUCGAAAUGACAUAUCUUGAUUUCCCUGGAAGAUCAAAAACCCCUAAUCAUGUAGAUUGUGGGGUUUUUCUGUUGAUGGCAAUGCACUUUUUUGACGGAGAGGAGAUGACUUGUGAUCUCUCCAAGCGUUCAACCAGAAUUCAGUGCAGAGCUAAGGUUUGUAGUGCCUUAGUUCUGUCUGAUUUGAACCAAAUUCAACAAGAUGUGCUCAAGGAAAUUGAAGGAUUCAACUCCGUGAAAGCUGGUAUUGCCCCCGCUAUCCAUGAUCGUCAACUGAAGAAGAUUGAAGAACAGAAGAAGAAGAAAGAAGAAGACGAAAAGAGGCGUAAACAAGAAGAAGAGGCUACUGCCUAGUUGCAAGAACAACUGAAACAGAAGAAGGCUGCUGCUGUGCAGAAGAGACUACAAACUAUUGCUUUGAAGAAGGCACAGAAGGCAGCAGCAGCAGAGAAUGCCAAAGAAGAUGUUUCUGAACCACUUAAAACAUAUGCCAUGACAAGGCGUGGAGCCAAGACUGCAACAACAGCCCCCACAUCAGGAACUGAAGAACCGAGCAUGAAAAGACAUAAAGUUGACGAGUGAAUCAACUUAGGAGUUGGUCUAGUUGUGAAAUUUGCCAAACAUUUUAGGUGAUAGUGGUUUUAGUUGAUAGUGGUUCUUUUUUCUAACAAAUUAACAUGUGGUACUGUUAGUUGCACAUUUAGUUAAAUCUCUGAAACAAUUAGUUAAGUAAUCCAACUAGUUCGUGAUGUCAUUGAAACAAUUAGUUAAUCAAUGUAAUCUAGUUAAACAAUGUAAUCCAAUUAGUUAAGUAAUCCAACUAGUUAGUAAAGUCUCUGA